CAGGGUAGCUGUAGGUUGGAUCUUUGACUCGGCUCUAGUAAACUGCAAGAAGGAAGGUGAGGAAAGAGAUGUGGUCAGGGGAGCCCACUGCCCCAGCUGUUGGAGGACAAAAAUGAUCUGAAACAUUAGUUUUGCUGAACCAACGUCAAAAGGAAAGAGAGCUGCAGCUGUUGCCGUCUUUCUCAGCUAGGGGGAUCGUUUAGGAAACAGCUGACGGGCUAAGGCUGUUUUGUGCAAGUUGUGUUGGUAUAUUAGUCAUUAACUGGUGUGAUGUGGGCUCUGGUGACUGAGCUCCUCUUCAGCUUCGUGCUGCUGGCUUUCCUGGUGAUCAGCUGCCAGAAUGUCCUCCACAUUGCCAGCGGCUCCGUACGUUCUGUGCUCAGUUACAUACAUGCUCAGCUGGAUCAUGAGCUCGGUGAGGUCGAAGGGGUCGCUGACGAGGAGGAGAACGUGACCACAAGGGUGGUCCGUCGCAGAGUCAUCCUUAAGGGGGAUGAGGUUGAAGACCUUCCUGGGGGCCAAGUAAGUGAAGAACAGUUCACAGAUGAACACGGAAACAUCAUCACAAAGAAGAUUGUACGGAAAGUGGUACGCAGAGGGAAAGGUUUGGGAGAGGAAGGGGUUCUGGAGGUGGAGGGUUCCCUGCUGGAUACCAACGAGUUGGAGGGCGAUGCUGAGCAGUACCUGAGCUACGCCAUCCUGGGCCGGGACAGCAGCAAGACCGAUUCUGUGGAUGUGAAGAAAGGUGCUCAAAUAGUGAAAUGUGCCAGUCUGCGGAGGGUUAAACAGUGAGGCAGACAGAGUGCUGCGUCCCUCCAGAGUUCUCCACAGGAUUCAACCCUUUCACCCAAACCAUCCUACAUGGACACAUGACCAGCAGCAGCUGUCAGGCAGAAGACCACACAGGGACAGCCCGUCAAAUGAAACCCUCUCCUACACGACGACAGCGGCAAUGCCGACUUUCAGCACGCUCCAGAAGAAAAGGAUAAAGAUCUUCUUGUAGUUUUUAUUACCUCUUUAUUUUUAAGAAACUCUGGGGAUAAGAAAAAAAAGAACAAAUCCUACUAGGCUAGAAGCAUGAUUUCAUAUAAAACAAAAUCAAACACAAGCAAAAAAAAAAAAAAAAA